AUGUCGCAGAGGAAGAUAUUCCUGGUCUUCAUCGCCAUCAGCACCGUCAGUCUCCUGCUGCACCAUGGGGGCCACUUGAGCUGGACCAUGGAGGCCUUCCACCUCGGUUGCCCCGCCCUCCGUUCCCACCCCGCCCCGGGCCUGAAACCCAAGCACACCAACGUGGCCUUCCUCAAGACCCACAAAACGGCCAGCACCACCAUGCAGAACCUGCUCUUCCGCUUCGCGGAGCGCAACAACCUCACGGUGGCGUUGCCCGUGCAGGCCUGCAGUCACCAGUUCUGCUACCCACGCUCCUUCACUUCUCACUUCGUCCACCCGCACACGCUACCGCCCAACAUUGUCACCAGCCACAUGCGCUUCAACAAGGCGGAGAUGCAGCGCCUGAUGCCCAACAACACAAUUUAUAUCACAAUCCUGAGAGAGCCGGGCUCCAUGUUUGAAUCCUUGUUCAGCUACUACAACCAGUACUGUCAGAGCUUCAAGAGGGUCCCCAAUGGCUCCUUGGAGGCUUUCUUAGAGGAACCAUGGCUCUACUACCGGCACGAUGAGAAGGACUCCAUGUACGCACGCAACACCUUGACGUUCGACUUGGGCGGAGACAAGGACCGCCCGGCAACAGACGUGGCGUAUGCACGGGGCUUCCUGGCGGAAGUGGACAGAGUUUACUCCCUGGUGAUGAUCGCCGAGUACUUUGACGAGUCGCUGGUUCUCCUUCGGCAUCUCCUCUCUUGGGACCUGGAUGACAUCCUGUACGUUAAACUCAACAUGCGAACCCCGAGCUCAAAGAAGAGCCUAACACCGGGCCUGGCUUCAAAGAUCCGCUCCUGGAAUUCCAUAGACGCACUCCUCUACGACCACUUCAACGCCUCCUUGUGGCGCCAGCUGUCGGUGCUGGGUCCAGCUUGCGUGGCAAGGGAGGUGAAACUCCUUCAGCGAGCCCAGGAGAGGCUGAUGAAAAGCUGCUUCGGUGGGCGGAUGCCACUUCUACGGUCAGCCGCACAAAUAAAAAAUAAGGAUCUCCGCCCCUGGCAGCCUAGUGGAAAAGUUGACAUUGUGGGCUACGACCUCCCGGUAAAUCUCAGCCGUGGCUUCUCCAGCCAGGCCCAGGAGCUCUGCCUCAAGCUCAUCAUGCCUGAAGUCCAGUACACACGGGUGCUUCUACGUACCCAAUCGCUGCGCUACCGCCAAAGCUACCAGCUCCGCCCUGCACAGCAGUCACAUACCAUCCAACAGCCCAUACGCACAUCCCUGCCUCGGCAUGGUCAGCUGCAGCGCACUGCAUCAGGGACAGGGUCCACCUCCACCUCAAAGCCCGCUGCAGGAACUUAA